ACGCUGCUCGGGGGGGCCAGCGGAACGGAGAGACCGACGUGCGAUUCCUCUUUGUACUCAACCAGAAGAGUUGAGGCCGGCUCUACCUCCGCUGCCUUCUCCUUUUUUUAACAGAAGCAGGGAGCCUGAAUGCUGGAAAUAGCCCGAUAAGCCGGUUACCCGUCCGCUUUAACCGCAACAGUCGGUCUGUCUUCGUGGAAGCGGGCGUCCCAUGUCAGUGUCCCUUUAGCCAUUUUGUACGACAAAAGGUCCAGCGACCGUUAUUUUCUGUUUUCUUUCUUACCGGGGGGGAUUUAAAGUCACACACAGCUAUUUAUUUGUGGAUCACUCCCAUUUUUGUCACACUUCCACACCUCCAGACAGAAGGGGGGUCCAUUUUCCUUUUUUUUUUUUUUUUUAAGAAAAGAAAAAUCAUCCCCUGAACCGAGCGACAAUGGCAGCUGUGACGAGUCCGGAGACGAGCCCUCAACCGCGGGUGUAUUUCCAGACGCCGGCCGGCACCACGGAGGAACCGGAGACUCCCGUCAGGAAGCAGGGACGGGUCACCGUGAAAUACGACCGAAAGGAGCUGAGGAAGAGACUGAACCUGGAGGAGUGGAUCAUCGACCAGCUAACGGACCUCUAUGACUGCGAGGAGGAAGCCAUCCCAGAGCUGGAGAUCGACGUGGAUGAGCUGCUGGACAUGCCCAGUGACGUUGAGCGAGCAGCCAGGGUCAAGGACUUACUGGUUGACUGUUUUAAACCCACUGAGGAUUUCAUCUCAGAGCUGCUUGACAAGAUCAGAGGAAUGCAGAAGCUCUCUACGCCUCAGAAGAAAUGAUGCCGUCCAAACCUUCCCCACGUUUUCCCUUCCUCUCCAUCCCUCCGUCUCGUCUUCCCUCCACGCCCCACGUUUUUAAUUUAAGGUCUUCUUCCUCUGUUGAAAUGUUGUAAUUGUUUCUGCUCAUAGUUGUCUGAGUCGCUUCGUUUUUUGCGUGUACCGUGAUGGAUCUGGACUUCUUUCAUCAGCAGAAAUGAAUGAUUCGCCUUGCGGCUUGUGUCUCCUCUCCCCUGUUGUUUCCUCUCCUGCCGUUACUGUACUCUUCUCCUAAUAUUCCUCCUCUUCCUCCCACCUUCCCAUCUGAAUGAGGAGGAACAGAGUCCCAUAAUUACUGUAAAAGCGGGGAAGAACAUGUAAAAUACAAAACGGAGUGAAAACUGAGGAUGAAACACUUCAGCCUCCACCAGCGAGAUUAUGUGAAUAUUUUAACUUGUUUGAGAUUUUUUCCCUUUCCUGGUUCUGUUUGAAGGAGAUCGUCACUUCACUUAAUCUUUUUUAAUAAUGUUUUUUGGGGUUCUGUUUUUGCCACCUAAGCACAGGCAGUGCUGCAAAAAGACUUUUUUGGUGUCUCUUAAAGGGCAUGUAUAAUCAUUUUAGCAACUACAUCUGGGUCCAGAAUAGUUGGAUUCAUUUCAUUACUAAAAUUGAGAAAUAUGUAAAAAAAAAGUAAAAUAAAAUAUAAAGUUACAGGAAGAGGAAAUGUAACGCAGCUGAAAGUUGCUGAAGAGUGUAAAAUUUGGGAUCAUAAAGUGAGAAUUUAUAUGUUUCUCUUUCCAGCAUGAAAAAUGAAACGUCCAAGACAUUGGAGAUCUAACAAACCGGCAGACUUCAGAGGGAUUUAAAAGCUCGGUGAGCAAGUCUUCCUGUAAUCAACUACAGUGGAGAACUUGGGAUAAAAAUCUGAACCAGUACAAUUAUUGCUCCAGUUCUGACCAACAUCUUUAAAAGUAAAGAUGUUUGCCAGAAAAGAAAAAAAAAAUCUUAUGCUACGCUAGUUGUGGCUAGAAGGCAAGUUGAGAUAAAAUAAAAAAAUCACAUCAAAUGUUAUUUGUACACAUUUCAACAACAAGGCAUUUCAAAGUGCUUUACACCAUAGAGCUCAGUGAAAAAUCGAAACAUCACAUUUUGCCAUCAUUACACAUCAGAUCGUUUAUUGGUAUCUCGAUUGUUGACAAAGAUACUCCAUCUGUUCUCCUUCAUUUGACUUAUAAACAAUAAAACAAAAUCAUGCUAAUUAAUGAAAAAAACAGCAUUUUCUAAAACUUUAAGCUCACAAACAACCACCACCUCGGUCUGGCUGUUGACUCCCUGCUUUUCGUCUCAUCUCCUCAUCGCUUUGGCUCUGGUUCUUCUUUACAAGAACACCUCCCUGCAGCAAACAGAAAGGGGCAGGACUGUCAGUCUCUUACCUUAUUUGGAAGCAGGACCAUUGCUCUCAGUACGUGAAGGGGGCGCUAUUUCCUAUAUUAUCUAUGGUCUCCCGGUUUUAUUUUCUUUUGAAAUCUGUGAUAUAUCUUCAUGUUUAAGAAGGAUUUCCACUCUCAGCAUUAAUAUUAAUUCAUUAGUAUUAAUUCCGGCAUUCCUGGCACCGUCAAAGAUAAAUUCUCGAAUAAAACACAUACUUUUUAAUUUCCUUAAGGAUGUAGACGUAAUUAAAUGACCUCAAGACAUCCUUAAGAAAAUGAAAAAGGAUGGUUUAUAGGAGAAUGUAUCUUUUACGGUGCCAGCAAUGAGGUCCUUCUCGUUUUUUAGGGCAGCACUUUUGAAAAUCUCUCAUUCAUGCUAUCUGUCUCCACAUAAUCCUUAAAAAUGUAGUCCUGUGAUUACCACCAGACAUUUUCAGACUUUACGUGGUUAUCCAUAUAUGGUAGUGCCUUCCUGUUUCAGUAGGCGUGAUUCAAAAGAGUCUUAGAAAAGACUUGGAUGUAGUGUUUAUGUUUCAUAGGGUUUUCUGGCUCUAUUAUAUGAUGAUAUAUGCCCUUUUAAAUAAACCCAGCACUGUGUCAUUUUUGGGAGAAGAAAAUCUGAACCUCUGACCACAAAGCGUCGUGUUAAUCUAUCUUUAGUACAGCGAAGAGGAAACUUUGAUGCCUGGAAAUAGUGAUUGAACCUUUAGAAAGACUCACUGGUCAGCCGAUUGGCUGCAAGGCCGGUUUUAGACCUUCAAAUAAAUGUUUUUGUUUUUAUUUGAAGCUAGACUAGAAGUGGGUUUUUGUUCUUCUUCUUUUUGUUUAUUUUUAUAGGCUGAAUGUGAAUUUUGGUUCCUCAAUCCAGCCUGCACACACACAUGUACAUCCGUGUUGCUAUUAGUGUAUGUUGCAACAUAAUGUACAGCAACAUCUGUCAUAGUAUGGAGUGUUUUGGGCCUGUAUAUUCUGCUGUUACGUAGGACAGACUUGUCUGGGGUUUUUUUGGUAAAGGACUGGUUCCUUUUUUAUUUCUCGUUGUCAUACACACCCUGACAGUCGUAAAGAGGGAGCCCUGUAAAAAGCUGCCUUUUUUUAAAACCACAGCACCCUAACAUUGUCACGUUGUUCUGAACAGAGCAGUCACUUCUCUCAUCUUUUAGCCAUUUUUUUUGUUGUUGUUUUUGUUUGUUUCUCUUGGCACCUGCCAAUCAUCUCAAAGAAUAAGCCAUCUGUGUCUGAUCGCCGACCAAUCAGAUCAGAGACCGACACCCGCCGGCCAACGGCAGCAUCAACAUGUUGCAGUUCGUCUGCGCAGACAUUUACCGGCAUUUUACCGUCUGCCUUUCUCUCCACUACGGCCCAUUUUCAGACUGCUGCUCUUUCAUUUCACUCCUUCCUACCAUUUGUCCAUUUCUCAUCCUCUUCCCUUCAUUUACUCCAUUUUCUUUCUUUAAAAAGAUUUUAAAAAAACAAAAAACAAAAACAGAUGUUGCCUUAGGUAUAAUUUAUGUUACACAAACCAAAAAAAAAAAGAAAAACAGGAGUACUUUUUUUGUUGUUGCUGAGCAGAUCUACUCUGCCUUGCAGAAAUGGGUUGAAAUAAUUCACAUUUUAUGACUUUUACAACCAGAAACUUCACUGUAGUUUUUUGGGAUUUUAUUUAAUAGAUUGACAAAGUGUUGCAUAAUUAUGAACUGUAAGAAAAUCUGCUUUGUAGAACUACUUUUAAAGUUUAGAUGUCUUCAUCCACGUGUUUCCUGUCUCCGCCAUAUGGGUUGAUGCUAUUUGGACUUCUGGUGGUUUCUUGGUGCACCAUCCUAAUAUGGUGCACCAAUAGGUUUUAUAGUUUUCCAGUCAACAUAUUCUACCACCUGAGCUGUGGACUUCUGCAGCUCCUACAGAGCUACAAUGCCUGCUUUUUUGAUUAAUUUGCUUCUAUUGCAUUUUAGGAGAUGUGCGACGUUCUCAUUGUGAUCUUUGCACCGCGAAUAAAUCUGAUUUGUGCCUCUUCCAUGAGUGGUACUAAUGCUGCGUUUCAGUUGUACUCUGAACUGGAAAAGUCCAGUUUUCCCAGUCAGAACUCCCUCUGAAAUCAGAUUUUCCUCUGGGAAACUGGGAGCAACUUCACUACCCCCAGUUAAGACUUGCACAGCGUACUUCCUGUUGCAAUAUGGCCGCCUCUCGCAUCAACAGUAGAAAUCUGUGUUGGAGACAUGAUGAUUUAACAAGAUGCAUAUCUAAGAUUGUGUCUUAAAAUCGCUGUAGCUUUAAACUGAACAAAUCAGAAGUGGAGUUUGCUUUUUGAAUGCAAAGCUUAAAAUGAUGUCUGGGCGCCGCCAUGUUGAAAUUCUGGCUGUUUUUUUUUGUUUUGACGUCAAACCCAGCUGAGAGUCCCCUGGUAAUUUAACGCCACAUUAACUGUAUCUAACAGUUUUCAAAGCAUUCGCAGCCUGAACUGUGAUAUCGGAUUUUAUCCAACUUUUACGUCAUUGACGUCAUUAAAGCAAAAUUAAAAUCUGAUUUUGGUAAAAUAAAAAGUCAGAUUCGAACAUCUGCUGUGUGAAUUUUAAGUGUUUUUGUAAGUCUCCUUUUUCAGUGGUCAGAGCUCUGUCAGAUGAAUGGGAUUUUAUUUUGGACUGACUACAGAUGCCUUCCACACUUGUGAGAUUUUAUUUGUAGAUAUCCGACUCAUUUUUAAUACCACUUUGCAAUUAUCCACUGCUUUGAAUUUAUCAAAUUAAAUCCCAUUUAAACUCUGAGGUUUGUGGUUGUAACACGAAUAAAUGGAAAGUUCAACUCUUUUGUAAGACACUCUGCUUCAUGUGGAGACUCUCUGAUCUAUCGCUUCUUGUAUUGAAAUGUUUUCUUUUUCUUGUUAGAAGUGAGUGUUUAAUACUUAGGCCUUUAUAAAGCGACUCUGUUUAGGUAAGCAAUGCUUUUCACACGGACCUGUUUAAGUCUGGUCUGUUUUUAUCUCGAUCAUCGCACCUCUUGAUGCCAAGCCUUGAAACAACAUUUAGUCUAACAAAAAGAAUCCAUUCAGAUGCAUUUUUCUGGUGCGAUUGCUUUUGCCUUCACCUGUGGCGUCUCCGAACUGAGCUCCCGGCGGUUUCUCUGAUUGGUCGGAUUGUUUUAGGCAACUUCAAUCAGUAGCUGAGUGGAUUUUUGUUUCUAAAUUCAGGUUUUGGAUUAUAUAUUAUAUAUAUCUUCUUAGACUGUUAUUGAUAUGUCUGUUUGUUUUUUGUUUGUUUUUUUACUGUUGGGGAAAAUUGCAAAAAAGAGGAAAAAAGUACAAAAAAAUGUCAAGUGAUUAUCAUUGAUGCUAAACAUAAGAGCUAAACCAUGCAGGACAGAGUAAUGGUGGAAGUGUUUUUGCUUUGAUUUUUUUGACAAUGAUUAGAACAAACAAAUGUAGCAAUAUCAACAACAGGUUUCGUUUUUUGCCCAAUUUUGUUACUCUUUUAUGCAACUUUAAUAAAAACAUUUGAAAUCGA